AUGGUUUCAUUUUGCAAUUUUGACUCAAAUUCAAAUAUAAACCCAUUGAUAAAUCCAGAAAAUUCAGAUUGUUAUCAAUUGUGCAUUGAUAAUUAUUCGUGUUCACCUUCUGAUCUGGGAAACGGAGCAUGUAAUCAAAACUGCAAUAAUCCAACUUGUGGCUAUGAUUAUGGAGAUUGUGGGUACUGCUCUUCAGAUUGUAAAAGAUAUUUAGGCUUUCAAGAUGAUUUAGGCAUAGCAUGCUCUAAUUCUUGUGAUAAUGAAAAUUGUUAUUAUGGUUUAGGAAUUUGUAAAGAUUGCUCAGCUGGCUGCAGCAGGGAAAUUCUUGGAGAUGGGAUUUGUGAUAAAUCUUGCAAUGUGUUUUCUUGUAAUUAUGAUUUUGGAGAUUGUAAUAAUAAUCAAUGCACUUCAGGCUGCGAACUUUGAAUGAUAGGAGACAAUAAUUGUAAUAAAGAGUGCGAUAAUCUGGCUUGUAACUGAGAUGGAGGGGAAUGUGACUGUUCCCAAGGCUGUCAUUCUUAUAUGAAAUCUAACGGAGUUUGUGAUGAAGUUUGUGAUAAUUCAGAUUGCGAUUAUGAUGGAGGAGACUGCCAAGAAUGUGCUCCUGGCUGUUUAAUGUCUAUGCUAGGAGAUGAAACUUGUAACUCUGCUUGCAAUGUAAAUGAUUGUCAUUAUGAUAAUUAUGACUGUGGCUGUGCUGAAGGCUGCGGUAUAGAAAGUUAUGGACAAUGCAAAGAUUCCUGCAUGAAUUCUAUGUGCAGAUAUGAUACUACUAGCGAAACUUCUAAAUGCCAAAAUUCAAACCAGAUAUUAUUUGCUUUACAUUAUGGGCUUAUAUUUAAAAAUCUUGUAGCAAAUACAAGCCCAGAUAAUUGCACAAGUAACACAAGCUGCUUAUCAACAGAGGUCCUUGAUUCUAGUUCUUGUCACACAAAUUGUAAAGGAGCUCAGUGCAUUUAUUCAUGAAAUCAAUGUGAAGUAAAUACGUGUGCAGACCAAAAUUGUCUAAUUUGCAACUCAAAUAAGUUAGGAGACUGUUUUAAAUGCAACUCAAAUGCUUAUCAAUUUUAUGGAUAUUGCCUGGCUUCAUGCCCAGGUGGUCAUGAGGCGGUUAAUUUACUUGGCGACUAUCCAGUUUGCUUGAUUCCUAAAGACUAUUCAACAAAAGAAAGUCCAGCAGUCUAUUAUGUAACUUCAAAAACAAGCACCGAUAUUUAUGAAGGAAAUGGGACUUUUAACAACCCAUUUGCAUCCCUUUCUCUAGCUCUUGCUUCAAUAUAUAAUAGGUAUGCCAUUAUUUAUCUAUUGAAUGAUGGGGAUCAUUAUUUUACCUGUGUUAAUACAUCAAAUCCUGUGAGCACUGUGCUAGCUGAUGUAUGUGAUCCAUUGUCAAAAAGCUUUAGCCCAGCAAAUCUUGUGAUUGAUUCAUAUGAUGGCUCUAUGAUUGUUGUAAAAACGAAGGCAGACCACGAUUUUUUUACUUUUACAAUGUCAAGUACUAAUACUCUUACAAUAAAAAAUGUCGUAUUCAAUGGACAAGAUGUUCUAUCAACUUGCCCAUCAGAAGCAAACCCUUAUUGCUCAUAUUGCGCUUAUAUUACGCUAGGUUCUGAUGGAUACUAUUACAGUGAUCAAGGGACUGUAGUUUCUAAUUAUUUAGACUCAUCCACAUGCAACACAUUUCACACCAAAAGCCUUUUUAGUUUAUAUUUAAACGCCAAUUUAGAGAUGAAAAAUGUAAAUUUUACAGAUUGGAGAAUGGAAUUAAAAACUUUAAUUAUAAGCUAUGGAGCAAACAUUAUAUUCAGCUACGUAAAUUUUGAUAGUAUUCGAUGCAUGUGAGGUGCGACUUCAAUACAGCCAGGACAAGCAACUCCAGAACAGGAAAAAACUUCAGUGAUUUAUUUUCUUGAUUGUGGAGAUGCAAAUUAUAAUUGUGGAAGCUUUGAGUAUACAAAUGGAGUUGUAUCAAGGCUUAAUAAUGGCUAUGAGUAUGGCGUAGCACCAUUUUCAGGAUUUUUAAGUGCAGAUAAAAUCAGGACUGUAAAGCUGAAAAAUGUCACUUUUGUUAACAAUAUUGUAUAUUCUCCUUAUGUCGUAUCCACAACUUAUUGUCUUAUAAAAUUGAUUCUAUACAGAUCAAUUGAAGUUUCUCACUGCAUUUUUGAAAAAAAUGCAGUCUAUUUUGGGCUCAUUUAUUUAGAGCCACUGGCAUUAGUAUUUCGUAAUGAUUUAAAUUCUAAUAACGAGCUGAUUGAUUUAUUGCUUUAUCACAUUUACAUUCACGAUUCAAUUUUUACAAAUAACUAUGGAAUAAUUGCAGGCAUUUUAUGGGUUGAUUAUCAGUCUCAGCUACAAAAAAUUUUAUUCGAAAAUUUGACUAUAAAUGGAAAUGGAAUUUUAGCAGGAUCUUUGAUUUAUAUUAAUAAUCUGUAUUAUUCUUCUCAAUAUCUUACAGAUACUUCAAUAUCCAUAACAGAUGCAAAUGGAAAUUCUAUAGAAGCAAUAUAUAAGAAGCGAGAUUUUAUUUUUAAAAAUUCAACAAUUGCCAACAAUCACUCUGGUUUAUAUGGGAUUUUAGAUCUUGAUCAAUUAGUGAACAUACGUUUUUACAACUUGACUAUUGAAUCUAAUGGAAGCCUGGAAGCUCAAAAUAUCAAUACUAUCUUAUGAAACUAUUAUGUAGACAACAGUGAUUUAUAUAUAAAAAACCUUGUCACAGAUUCUAAUGGCAUCGACUGUUAUUCUUUAUGAUCUAUUCGCAAUUCUUAUAAUCAUGAAAUAUUAGAAAGCACUUUUAAAAACAACCUUUGCCAAAAUUCAAGCCCAAAUCUAAGAUUUGAGGUAUCUGAGAACAUUAAUAUUAUUGGUUGCAGUUUUGAAGGAAAUAUAGGGUCUUCUUCUUUUGGGAGUUGCGUAUAUUCUUUUCUUGGUGGAAAAAUGACAAUUAAUAAUUCAGUAUUUAAUGACAAUAAAAAUAACGCUCCUGGGGGAUAUGGGCCUUUAUGUUUUGUACAGAGCUUUGGGGAUACUUAUAUUUCCGAUACUAUAAUUUCUAAUAACUCAGCAGAUUAUAGCCCAGGACUAUAUUUUACAGGUGGCUCAUUAA